AGCGAUGGCAGCGACGGCUAAAUCAAUGUAUUUGAAGAUGACCACAUCAUGCGGAGUAGGAAAAAAUGAUAGGCAACGAACAGCGUGAGAUCAUGUAAGUAAGUGUAACAACCUCCUCGACAUUUUCACUGUUGCUGGUCAAGGUGAAUUGAUUUCUUGAACAUAAUCGAGAAAUACCUGUUUUCUUCCUUGCAGUAAUUGAGUACACGCAAUAAACUCGUUGGAGGAACGUCACCAUCAUCGAACAUGUCGCAGCUUUUGAACAACCUCGGCAAGUCCUCUGGGCUAAACCUUGGUGCGGUCAGAUCCAAUUUGGAUGUCGGACUCAGCUUCAUGAAGGAAAAGUUUAAAGAAGUUGCUAAAACAACGAAACUUGGAGGAGUUUACGAUGACGACGAGCCGUCGUUUGAAACCAAUGACGGAGAAGUCCUAGUCCGCUACUUCGUCCAAGGUGGGAACCCGCAAGUGCCAGACGAUGAAGACAACAUGUUUUUGCUGCCGAGACUGCCAUACGUAUAGCUUUUUUACUUAUUUGCCAGACCGAAGCGUAUGCGUAAGCACAGACAGGACCAGGAGUAGGAUCGAUGAGAGGCUGCAUAGCUAGUAGCUCUAUUGACUACUAAGUAAGUAAAAUAAUCAAGAAGACGAGACGUUGAGAUUGGCCAGGUUUUUCGUCCUACUCCGGUUCUUUGACUUCGUCCUCGACUUCUUAGUGCUACAAAACGCCCUUUAUUUUUUUGCGACCUCCGUCCACGAGGACCCCAUCACAUUUGAACCAACGAACAGUACACGAAGGCAGUUGUGCUGCAGGAGUUUCCGAUGAAAGGCGAGUAUCAUUUUCGAUUCAAGAAGGAGGACGACGAGUUCGGCUUUGUGUGGAUGGAUCUGCCAGACCUUGAGGAUCUUGUCCCAUGCUAUCAGAACCAGAUACACAUCAAGGUAACAUAGUUCGACUUAUACCUCUUUCUAGCUUAAAUUUUGAUGUCGUGAUUAUUUGAUGCGCGUUGUAGUUCACUCGGAUCCAGAGAUUGAUUUUUAUCACUUCUGAGUGCAACUACUGCAAUUAUGAUCUCCUUUGUUCUCUUCAGUACCUCGUAAGACUGUCUAACCAGGACGGAGUAUUAUUUGAUUUCAGUUCAUUAUGUUGAGGUUGCUUGAUUCUGGUGCCCAAGAACAGGUUCUCGGAUUCCCGGAUGGAUCAUCACGGGAGUACGAUAAACUGCACAAUAUUCCUCGACCCGCAGAAAACAGGAGACCAGCACAGAAGAUGGCGACACGCGCUAGUGCAAAUGCCAGUAGUCCAGCGUCGAGGCCGCCGCGAAAUGAGGACUUGUUGGCUGGCGACGAUGGAUUCUACUCUGGAAGUAACAGGUCUGGAGCAUCGAACAACAUCAACAGCAGGGGAGCAGGAGGGCCACAGCAUCUGGAUGAUUUUGGUGCCUUCACCUCCUCCGCGCCUGUGAUGCCUGCUACAUCAAGCGGCUUUCAGUCAGCUACGGGGUCGGUGAGCAGGUCUAGCAGUUCAAGCGGUGCCUCUGGAGGAGCAGGAUUUAAUCCCAGCGCUAGAAGUCAGCCAAUGACGCGCGCAGAGGAUCUCAAUCGCGAUGAGCUAGUGCGGAAACGGGAAGAGGAGAAAGCACAGCGAAUACAAGAAAAGUUAGAGAAGCAUUCAGCUGCCCGAUCACAAGAUGAAAGCGGCAAACAGGAGCGAGCGGAUGCAGCAAUCGAACUCAAAAAAGUUAUGAACAACAAAGCAUGUUCAGGUUUGUUGACGCUUCGUCUUUAUCUGUUGUAGCCGUUAGUGUCAAGAAAAUUAGUAUGGAAGUAUUCUCCCGCGUAGUUUUCAACACGUCGAUAUUCAUAUUCAAGAAAUUACAAAAAUCCUUCCUGCUAAAAGUAGAAACGUUGUUUGUCUCUUCCUACAUACAAGCAUAUUUUCUAAGUCCUAGCUCGAUGGCUGGGCGCUCAACCCGCAAGAUCAGAGCUGGCGUGACGUGAGAACGCUCCUGGCGACGAUCCAGGACGUGAUAUGGGAAGGGAGCACUUGGCAUCCGGUUUCAUUAGGCGACUUGAUGAUGAAUCCCGGUCGAGUCAAGAAAUGCUGGCAAAAAGCGAUUUUGAUAUCUCAUCCCGACAGACACAACAAUGCGGAUGGGAAACGCAGGUACCGCGCAGAACGCAUAUUCGAGGCAAUCAACGAGUCCUUCAAAAACUUCAAACCAUGAAGAUAAACUAGAAGAAGAAGCUACAACCUCCUUCAAGCUUCUGGAAAUCAAGAUAGCAAGCUCACCCUUAUACAACAGCGACCAAAUUAAGCAUGUUCCCCACCACUUUAUGUACUAGAAGUAUACCGCCACCCGCUUGAUUAUCGUCCCCAUUGUGAUCACAGGAAGAUGCCUCCGAUCACUUUUACUCUUUGGAAUUUAGUUUUUGAUUUUCUGAAUUUGUAUCGUUACAACGGUCACAAACUACCAAAGGGAAACGUGACGUUUGUCCGAAGACGAUGAUGUGUUUUCCCC